AUGAGUUCGGCCGAAGAUUGGACGGAGAGGAACAAAAAGCAGGGCAUUGCUUUCAAUUAUGAUUCGGAGCGCCCUCGACGACGAGCGAGGUCCAGGACUCCAAACAGGAUGGCAGGGGAAGAGAAGCGCAAGCAGCAGCGAGAAAAUCGCAAGGCACUCUUCGCAACCGCGAAGUGCGAAGAGCCCAAGCCCAAAGCCGGCAGCGAGGAGUCUGGAGGAUCUGAGGAUGAGCCCAGCAAGCUGGUUUCGGCACCAGUGGAGAAUGCCUGGGAAAGGACAUCAUGGGAGCAGAGUUCUUUUGACUCUUCUGCUGACAAAGCGAAAUUCCUCCGCCUCAUGGGGGCUGAGAAGGACAAGAAAUCCAGCUCGGCGCAACCGAGCAAGGUCAAGCCAGGGCCGGGGACACAGGAGUUGGAGCGCCAGUACUGGCAGAGCAUGCAGAAGCAACUUUACUCCCGUGGACGUGGCUUAGGCUAA